CGCAUAUGAAGUCAUAGAUCGAUGAGAUCCCCUACGUAGUGUAUACUUUCACAGAGGGAUUGGGGAACGAUGUACCUGUGGAUCUGAUAAACCGUGACACCAGCAACUCAACGGUGUUGCCAUGCUCAGCCAUGACAUCACGUAUAUGAUGUCACGUAAGUCUUUGGGGUGAGGUUUAAACCCCUAUUUGAAGGGGGUUGAACUCGGAUCAUAGUGCGAAACCCAACAUAUCGAUACUCUCAAUAAUAGCUUUGAAGCGUAUAUAAACAAAUCGAAAUUACCAUUCCAAACCCCAACUCGCAACCAUGACCAGCAAGGCACCCAGCGCAGGCACCAAGGUGACCACGGGCGAGAACAUCCCCGUCACCCGCGAGGCGCCCGGCAACGUCCCCGAGGGCUCCCUCGCAGCCGAAUCAGCCCGUAAAGGCGGCGAAUUCGCCUCCAACCCAGGCCAGCACGAGCAAGCCCCCCAGAAGCGGUCGCAGCAACCGCAAACCCAGUCCUCCCAAACCAGCGGCGGCACCGCCGACAAGGCCACCUCCCUCAACCUCGAGAACCAGCAAACCGCCCGCGGCACCGGCCAGGGCCAGGGCCUGGGCCAGGGCCAGGAACAGCACCAAGCAACCCGCGGCCAAGGCACCGGCAAAACAGCCUCAGAAACCGGCGGGCUCGAAAGCCAGUCGUCCUACGGCGGCGCCGCACCGACCUACCUCGCGGGGCAGCGGCAUCGCGACCCGGCGGGCCCGCACGGCAAGAACCUGACCGAGGGCGGCUUCGAGGGCAGCGGCACCGAGGCGGGCCCGCUGCCGGAGCCGGGCAGCGCCGAGGACCCCGCGCGCGCGGCGUCGCGCGGUAUGAGGGCCGCUGCUGCUGCUGCGCCGGGUCAGGGACGGGCGGGUGGUGUUGGGGCUGGGGCUGGGGGGGUGGAGGAGGGGAGUUGGUAUACGCCCUUGAGGGGGGAUGAGCCGGCUUGA